CUUCCGCUCAAUCGAGAGAAGUUAAAGCUCUGGCCCCUUCAACAAUGGCGAUUCCUGAUGAUGUCGCCUUCACGAUUCUGUCGAAACUGCCUCUGAAAUCUCUCAAGCGAUUCACACUGGUUCACAAAUCAUGGGUUGAUUUACAUGAAAUCCCUUAUUUCAUGAGCAUGUUUCGCAGCAAUUUCUUAUCCAAACAUCAAUCUUAUUACGAUGAUACAUCUCUCCUUGUCUUACAGCAGCAGCCAUCAGAUGGCACCCAUUGUCACGGUUCAUUGUUUUUGCUUUCUGGUGACAAUUUUGAGAAAACAGUCAAAUCAGAUUGGCUUCCAUAUCAAGAACAUGGCAGAUUCCUUAGUGUUUUGGGUUCGGGUAUUCAUGGCAUUCUUUGUCUCCAUGAAGCACCAGAUUAUAAGUAUGUAUUGUGGAACCCAGCUACUGAAGAAUUCAGAGUUACUCCUCCCAGCCCUAGAGAGUCUCUACCUUAUUGGGAGGCUUAUAUUAAACCUCAUGGAUUUGGUUAUGAUCCUAUUACUGAUGACUUUAAGGUCCUUCGGCAUAUAACUUUUUAUCCAGAUUAUGAUUAUGGGCAAGAUGAAUAUCAUUCGGGAGUUGAAGAUGAUAAUGAUGAUGACGAUGAUGAAGAUGAUGAUCUGCAAGAUGAGCCAAUGAUCUCAGACCACUUACCAAGUCGAAUACCACAACCCUUCUGGGAGAUAUAUAGCCUAAGAAGCAACUCUUGGAGGAAACUUGAUGCUGAUAUGCCUAUUACUGGAGGCGGUCCCGACAAGGGUGGUGACACUUACAUGAAUGGAGUGUGUAAUUGGUUGAGUUACGGUCGGAUAUAUGACUAUGGUUUUGAUACACAUUUGGUGUCAUUCAACUUUAGCAAUGAGAUAUUCUACACAACGCCCUUACCGUUAGAUCUGGCUGAUACAAGGGUGCAGACAUACUUGGCGGUGUUAAAUGAGUCCAUUGCGUUGAUAUCAAUGCAUGAAGAAACAACAACUUUUCACAUAUCCAUUUUGGGUGAACAAGGUGUGAAGGAAUCAUGGACUAAACUUUUCAUUGUUGGACUUGGACCCUUGCAUGACGUUGGGCUUCCUAUUGCAGUAGGGAAGACGGGUGAAAUGAUAUUCUCCAGAAGAGAAAAGGGUGAACUAGCCUUGUUUGAUUUAAGUACCCAGAUGCUCAAGAAGGAGAUUGCUGCUACAGGGCUGUUAGAUUAUGAUCAGAUGGUAAUUUAUAAGGAAAGCAUUCUUCCCAUUGGGAGAACAGGUUAUUAGUAUAAGCUUAAAGCUUUACUCAUUAGAUUUAUGAUGAUGGCUAUUAAGAUUUAUUACCACAUUGAAUGUUAAGAAGUCAUUUGUGUACAAAUUGGCUCUUCAAUUGCCCAUAUAUAUCAAAUAUAUGAGAAAGAAGCCAUUUCGUCAUAUGAUUCUUGAUGUAUCAAUUUUAUUUUGAUGCAUUACUCUCU